AUGAGCUCCCAAGAAGCUCCCACGCCUGUCAAGGGAGUCCCUAAGAAGCCCGAACAGGCAGAGGAAGCGCCCGAGGUGGUCAAGUUUUCUCCCGAGGAAGAAGCUGAACUACUGAGCGAGUCCAACGCCCACAAGUCCGAGGCCAACAACCUCUUCACCUCGGCCAGGUACGACGCCGCCCUGACCAAGUACGACGAGGCCGUCGCCAUGUGCCCCAACCACCUCGACUACGAGAUCGCCGUCCUCAAGUCCAACAUCGCCGCGUGCAACCUCAAGCUCGAGGAGUGGAAGGGCGCCAUCAAGUCGGCCACCGACGCGCUCGACCGCCUGACCAAAGUCGAGGAGGCCCUCGUCGCGGAGGAGGAGGAGGCCGCCGAGAAGAAGAGGGAAGAGGAGGAAGUAGAGGAGGAGAUCAUCAGCGAGGGCGCCGCCAACGCCGCCCCCGCCCCGCCGCCCGAGGAGGACCGCCGCGCCGAGGAGGCGCGCAGGAGGCGCGGGGACGACGUCCUGCGCAUCCGCGCCAAGGCGCUGAUGCGCCGGGCCCGCGCGCGCAGCGAGCAGGGCGGCUGGGCGAACCUGACGGGCGCCGAGGAGGACUACAAGGCGCUGUCCAAGAUGAGCAACCUGAGCCCCGCGGACGCCAAGGUCGUGCGGGCGCAGCUCAAGGUGCUGCCGGCGCGGGCCAAGGCCGCCCAGGAUAAGGAGAUGGGCGAGAUGCUGGGCAAGCUUAAGGAUCUUGGCAACGGUAUCCUGAAGCCGUUCGGCCUUAGCACGGAUAACUUCGAGAUGACCAAGGACGAGAAGACGGGAGGAUACAGCAUGAACUUUAAGCCGGGUUAG